GCUGCUCGGCGGUCUGUCUGCUGCGGGGACACGGUUGCUCGUCCUCGGCGUCCGUGGUGACUAUUGACGGACUCGUGAAACAGGAGCAGUUCAACCUCAACACCGAACCGGCAGCACACGGCGGGUUGGUGGCGGGGGGGGGGCGGGGACUACGACGACGACGAUGAACGGCAAGUCGACGAACGGCGCCCCGGGGGGGGCGGCCUGCAUCGAGGGGCUGCCGCCGCUGCCCAAGAGCCUGAGCGGCUUGCUGAACUCGAGCGGCGGCUCGUGGCGCGACAUGGAGCGGAUGUACGUGAAGAAGACGAUGAUCCAGGACGACCUGAGCCGCGGCCGCAGCCACGCCGACACGCUGCUGGCGAGCAGGCCGGCCAACCUCGACGCCGCGCUGGCGCUGCUGCGGAAGGAGAUGGUGGGUUUGCGUCAGCAGGACAUGUCCCUGCUGUGCCAGCUGUGGUCCCUGCACGAGUCCAUCCAGGAGUACAAGGGCAGCUGCCAGGACCUGAGCACCGCCUCCGGCCUCGGCAUGAUGGAGAACGGCUUCUUCGACGAGGACGACGAGUACUACCCGGAGCCCGGCGCCACGCCCACCGGGGACCAGCCGGACGGGGAGGCCGGGGACGGCGCGGCGACCAAGAACGGACGCGGCGGCGGCGGCGGCAGUGGCGGCAAAGACGACAGCUGGGGCUCCUUUCACGUUACCAUCUGAGGCCUCCGCCUCUUAUGGCGUCGCUCUGCAGGCGGAAAGACAUUUUUAUGGCGGGGGGGGGGGGGGGACGACAGCUGGAGGACGAGGGGAGUGGCUCUGGAAACCUUCUGGAGUGACUGGAGGCUGUACAUGUGAAGCACCGGCAGCUCCGGCGUAACUCGUUCUCCUCCUCAGGUGAAACAUAAACCUGCUUGUGCGUCCUCCUGACAGGCUGGCUCGCUAAAACACCCCCCUGAGACGGAUUGUAUUCAAAUACUCGAGAAAAUUGGGCUAUAUAUAUAUAUAUAUAUAUAUAUAUAUACUCCAUGUAUUCCUUUUUAUAAUCAGCUCUGCUGCUGCUUCUCUAUCCAGCGGUUUUGCCUCCCUUUUGUUUUUUGUUGGGGCAAAACGUUGUUUUUUUUUAACAUAUUCAAAAUAUAUGAACAAAGUUUUAUUAUUUAUUAUAUAAUAUAAAUGGCAAGAUAUUUGCUCUCUUGUUACUCUCAGCGGGAGGUUCGUACCCUAAGCUGGUACAGCAUUUUUAACUGGAUGUGGGAACGACGGGGACGGGAUUCCUGAACUCUGCGCUCGAUGCGGACGACGGACUUUGUGAAACUUGUUGAUGGCGACGGUUUUGUGUGCGUGUGUCACUUUUGGAAGUGGGUUGAAUCCAGAAGGUCCGGGCUGGACGCCGCCACACCUCGAGGUGGAGCUCUCAUGCCUGUUCCUGAUGUUUACGCACCGGCGUGAGGUCUUCACUUCUUCUUUUUUCGCCUUUCAGACGCAGCAGACAUUCUGCUCUGGACAUGUGAAACGUUCAAAAUGCUGGAAACCGAUUGUCAACACCCUACAAGUCGUGCGCUUCCCUGGAACCUUGAAGCCGUUUUCUGCUUGAACACGUCACACACGUGAUGGGUUUCUGUUUCUGACUCUCAUGUUAUAGUACAAAACAACAACGCCUCGAUAUAUAUUGCAAAAUUAUGAAAGUGCUCAUUAAUCACAAGCUGUUGUUUUUUUUUUUUCCAUAGUUCUUUCAAUAAUUACAUUGUACUCGCCAAGUCAAUUGCAACGUGGCAACGUCGCCAAAAAAGGUCACACAUGGCGACAAAAAACAAGCCGCUCAGCAUUAUUAUUGUAAUCCAUAUGAAAGGACAGUCAAAGUUAUUGAAUAUACAACCCAAGUUGUAAUAAACUAUAAUUAUCCUUCUACCUAGCCAGGUAGGAGAUGCUACCCAAGUAAGUAGCAAUUGAAAAUAUUCAGGGGAGAGAAAAAAAACCAAGAUAAAAUUCUGCCAUUUUCUAUGUAACUUUGAGGCUUUCUUGUUCCUAACAAUAUGUUCCAUCAAAUAAUUGAAACUGAUCGACUACGAUCAACUUCUCGCACUCGCUAGCCGGAACUGAUUUGUCUUCAACAGCAGCGACUCUGAAGCGCAUGAAUCCGAUUGGCCCCCGGCGGCCAAUGGGAUUGAAAAGGUUCUGUUUCGCACUUGCGUCACAGGAAAUCUUUUUGCGAAAAUAUUGGUGCGACGCGAUUUCGCGAACGCCAAUUAGCGCUGAGAUCCUCUCGGCGAAAUGUCCUUUGCGCCCGGUGUGAACCGUGAACGCAGCGCGAGCGCGCCGCGUUUCCGUGGUCGCCGCUGCCGCGCUAAAACGCAAGAAGCUGUGGCUCUGCGCCUGGUAGCAGAUAUCACUUGAACGCCGGGUACUUUCUAUAACAACCGCGCAUCCUGCAAUCUCAACCUGACCACACGUGCAGGCUCCGGUCAGGCUGAGCGUCGCAGGGAUGUGGUCGCUGUUGCGUCGGCGAUUUCUUACGUCUGCGGCGUUUUCUGCUCAGCUGCGGCGGUGGAAACUUUCCAUUUCUACUCGUCACGUACUCAACAACAAGAUUGUAACAGCCGGUGUCUGUGGCGUUCAGCGCACACGCGCCAACAAAAUGGACCAAAAAGAACUUCCGGCGCUCUGUAGUAACGCUGUCGACUAGUCUGAGGAGUCUUCGGAUCUGCGAACACGGCCUCACUUCAAAACUCUUGGCUUUUCUUUUGCGCCGUCGUCCUGCGCCAUGUAUCCCCACGACGUCUGGAUGUAUGUGUGGGUAUAUUCUUACUCCUCUAACUCCCGAUAUGAAUGCUCUGUCCGGUCUUCCACAAAACAUCUGAGCCCUGCGGCGAAAGGUCUCCGGCUGAAUCCGUAGCACGUACCGUCGCGGCCUCGAUACGCAGCAGCAGUUUUCCGUCACUUUGAGAGAAGGUGGCAGCAGACGGGUAGUAGUAUUUUCAGUUAUGCGUCGAUAUAUCGUUGUCCGUGUAGAUCGCAUGGCGUCGCCUGGGCGUACGGAAACACAAAAACCAAAGAAAGUGCAGCACUCAAAAUGAAGGGUGACGAAUGGCUUGCACUUUACUUGCAAAAACAAAAGUACAGUGCAUGAUGAUGUCUGACGUGUUGGAGAACGGCGUGUAGCCGCCGACGGAUGGAGCAGGGCCCCGACUGUAAACCCAGACGCCACGGGAUGUUCGGAAAAAUUUCGACCCAAUUUUUUCAAGUCUGACAAACGGCGUCACGUGACCUCGACUGUCACCGACUGAAGAUUAGAAGAUGAAUUUGUUGUUGAACACACAAAGAGCAAGAGCUCGAAGGCGAAUGUGUAGUAACAGUAGCCGUGCAAAUACAAAGUGUAACGUUAAGGGAAUGUUUGUCUUUUUGAUUAUACCACUGUCAUGUCGGUGCAGUACGUUAUGAAUCCCCUGGUGGCAAGGCUGGUUGGCGUAGCUUAGCGUAAUGCCUGGAAACGAGGGGAGAGCGUUGGCCUCGCCAACUGCCGGCGUACCAAGCGCAUAUUUUUGUGCAGAACAAAAAAAGAAUGAAAGAUGACGAGAAAAGCAAAUAAGCAUAUUUUUUACAAAAUACUGUGUCAUUUCUAUCACAGUUCGGAUGAAUAUCUACAAAGGUAUUUGUCCUUUUUUCUUCUGAUCUGAGUUUGGGCCCACUCGGUGUUCUGCUUCUCGCACAUUCAUUUAGCCACUUACUAUUGAAUCUGAAAAGUUUUUACCCGUGACGCAGAUUUGUUUUUAAACGCAACCGCAAAACCUAAUUAAGAGGCAACUCAGAAUGUCGGCCCCUUUGUCGUCCAUGACGGGGCCACAGUUUACCAAACUCCACAUCGUGUCCGCACAGAAAACCUGGAUCGGAACGCCGUCGACCUUUCCGGUCAAAUCACCCACUUUGGGGUCCGUUAAAAACCUCGUAAUCGCUGCGAUCCGUCGCUAAUCUGAAGCUCCGAACGCGUCCGAUCCAGCAAUCGGACGACCGCCGUCGAAAUCCCCCCCCCUAAAAAUUGGAUGUCUACACAUUUAGUGCCUUUCGAAAACCCUCCGGUCCCAGACGCCCGCAGAUCCCAGUUCAAGGCGGAGACGAGAAUCUACCACGAACUGUUUCGUCGUUGGACUUUCUAGACGUGUGCUCGUCUUGUUUUGUUAAAGCUGCCAACGUGUAGUUUGUCCCAUUCGAUGACUUGAAGCAGCCCCCCCCCCCCGGAAAUCCUUAAAAUCCUUAGUGGUGAUGUGUGGUGGUGACUCGUCGUCUGGGAAACCAAACUUUACCAAUCUAUGUAUUAUCUUAAAGCCACAAAUCCAGACAGUCCCAGAAACAGCUGAUUAGACGUGUGAUGAGAUUUGAGUAAAUACUUUGCCAGACCCCAGCCUGUUUUAUUUAUCGGUUUUACUCAGUCAAAGGUAUUUCUUCCCCCCCAUUUCAUUGAAGGGGAUGCAGCUGUUGGGAAAGUCGUAUUGCGUCUUCCCUCUGAGAUUCCAGUUGUUCCUGUCCUGCGACAUGUAUGUGUAGGUUUUAAAGAGGCGUUGGCGCCCGGCUUCCUUCCACACUCGUCCCGUUGCGGUCCGUGUUCGUCUUCUACCCGUCGCUGCUUCGACCUUGGAAACUUUACAACAGCCUUACAAUGAAGAAAAACAAAACAAUCUGUCACGUCACUUUGGAAAACUAAGCUACGCGGUGAAAUCCUCACUCAAGCUUUGGUUUUUACACUUUGUGUUUGUGACUGUUCGCGUGUUCACCCCCCCCCCCCCCCCCAAAAAAAACCCCGACAACUUCCUGAUCCUCUCGUGACUCGGCCUUCUGUUACACUUGUACAGGAAACGCCACCGUAACUGAAUUUAAAAGGUGCUUUGAAUGACACCAGUAAAACCUUGUGCACCGCGUCGCACCGUCAGCAGGUUAAUAAGUGUUUGUAUUUUCUACUUUCUAAAAAAAAACAACUGUUUGUUUUUGUUUUUCAUGAGAUUAUUGGAUGUGUGAUGUGGCGACGCCUUCUCGGGAUCAACCUGUGGCAAAAUGUUGUCUGUAUCAUCGGCUCCUUUAAAAAAAAAAUAUAUCACCAUGUCUUCACUUUGGAGCGAUGAAAAAAAUGAUGACACUUUCAUUUUUGGUUGUGAUUUUUUUGGUCUGACCACAUGAUGUGAUGUCCCAUCAUUUUUACUUCCAGUAUCUUCAGUGAAUUUAUUCCUAUUGACAUUGUAAACGUCUUAUUUUUCGCUGUGAGUUUCUCCAAAUCGAAAAGCGAGGCCUUCUUUCUAGAGCCGCCAAUUUUUUCACAAAGGUUUUUUUCCUUCUACUUAAAGUGGCCUCAACAGACCAGAAUGCAAUGCAACCACGAAGACGUGGAGGGCGUUGCUGUGUGUGCGUGUGCGCGCGCGUGUAAGGAAGGACGUGGAAGUGGACGCACCAAAAAUAGCAAAUUGAGACACUUCCCAACGUGGUCAAAGUGAGACGAUGAUAUUUAAUGAGCCGAUGUCACCGGGGAGAUUUAUCCCAAGUAGCGUGUUGAUAUAUUCUCAGAGGUCAGCUUCUUCUCUUUUUUUGCCUCCCUGCAAAAAGCCUCAAAUGCAUAAAAACACUUUUUUUUUUUUUUUUUUUUAAGUUGUUGAAACACAAGCUGCUGCUUCUUGAGACGUCAAGUUAAAUCAGCCACGAAGAAAAAACUUACCAGCGUCGACUUAUUAAAUGGUUUGGUUUGAAAUGGUCAGCGGUAACUCCGAGAGACGAGAAACACGAAAUGUCUGACUUCAUAUUUAUACUGUAAAUCAUAAUCAUUCAUUAAAUCACAAUAGCGGAAGGUUUUUGAUGUAUUUUGUGUUUGUAUAGACAAAUUUAUUAUUCAGAGAACGUGUGUGUUGUUGUUAUCAUCCGUUAUUAUUAUUAGUCCUGCUCUUUAAUCCCCAAACGACCAUACUACUGUUUCUUUGGACUAUAGCCUCAAUGCUUUUCCUCUUAUAGUUAUUAUACUGAUAUUAAUUUAAUAAAGUGAUUCCAUACUU